UAGCUUUUUGACCGUUCACAGUGCUCUGAUUGGGACUUGUUGCAAUCAGUAGUGCUUAAAUACUGACUUUGUUUGGAAGCGGUUUGCUGAAAUGGAUGUUUUAAGAGAAGAGGGGGUCCACGAGCUGAAAUACAAACCAGGUGGCCGCUUGGAUAUGAGCCACGGCUUCCUGCACCAUAUCCGGAGGAACCAGAUUGCUAGAGAUGACUAUGAUAAAGAAGUGAAGCAAGCCAAAGAGCUUCAGCGGCGGAGACACACCACAACCCCUCGAAGACCCCGUCGACCUGACAUGCAAGUGUACCAUCCUCGAAGAAGACAUGGUUCAGAGCCAGGGGCCGGUGCUGAUGCUGAAGAAAACGAGAGUGGAUCAAGCACAGAGACUGACGCCAGUGGGACUGAACUCUUUUGGCUUGAAUAUGAAGCAGAUUCUGGUACCAUUACAUCCAUCCUUGUGCACAAGGAAGACAAGCCUGAGAAGGUGGUAGAACGUGUUGCAGAGAAGAACAUCCUGGAUGCAGCCAUGCGGGCAGCUCUGAAGGUUCGAAUUCGAAAGGAAAUUGAUAAAAGGCGAGACAAACGCUGAGCAAUCAACAGAUUACGACCAUAAAGGAGCUCCACACACAGAGGAGUAAUGCUUCGUUUGCAGUUCUGCACUCCUCCAGAGCACUCUUGUGCAUUAAGGGUAUAAGAAGGAUCAUUUAGAGUGACUGUCAGCAGAGAUCUAACAUGGAGACUUGUAUUCAGGCCUUUUUUUUUCGCAAGAAGGAAGAGCACAGUUUAUGGCUGGGAGUUGUUUUCAGGUUUAAUUGCAAUUCUUGACCUUGGACAGUUGUGUUAUUCUCUGAUUCACAUAUUGAGGACACAUUUAAGUUGACUGGACAUUUUUAAAAUUGUUACUUUUUUUUAAUAGUUACAUUUAGAAAGAGCAGGUACUCUUCAGCACAGAGUCCUAAAAGUGUUGUCCUCCAUGUCCUGUGAUUCUUGUGUUUACAAAGAUUCUGUUUUGUUAAAUUAAGAUUUGAACUCUUUGUGCGAAGUGUUUUAAGCUGAUCAUCGGUCUGUCAGCAAUCCUGUGUUUAAGAAAUGAGGGAAAUUAGUUUUGAAGUCCGAGUUUAGUAGAUGUUGGGUUGGUAACUGUUCUGUAGGUUUCAGUGCUCUGAUUUAUUUUGGAUUGUUGAGAGGCUUAUUUUUGAUACUGUAAUAUCUUUUUGAGAAUGACACUUUACAUAUAAAAUGUAUAAAAGCCAUG